AUCUAGAAGACGGGGAAUCUAAAAACACUCCCCCAAAAGCGAAACUGAAAAUUGAGAAGAAGAAAAAAAAAUUAGGGUUCUUCAUCAACAAUAAGCGAUGGGUGACUUUGAAGGCUGGACUAAGUGGCUGGUACCAGGGUUUUUGCUGUGGAAACCAGAGGAUCCUGGCUAUGAGAGACCUGCGUACAGGGAUUGGACCGAGGAGGAGGAUGAGCCUAAGUACUCACCAAAGGAAGAACUUGCCUUACUCGACAAACAAAUCCUUGCAAGCGAUGGGUUUGAUAUCGACUACACACACUUCCGGUGUGUCUUCAACUACCAUCUUGCUUAUCUCGACUCAGAUGAAUUCGCUGAGGAGCCAACAGAAACCACUAGGGAUUUACUCGAGAGGCUCUCUAGGAAGGCCCUUGAUGACCACAAUCUCGAAUAUGGAACAGAAUUUGAGUUUGUCAAGGUUGUGAAAGCCAACUUUCACUGGUGUUGUGCAUAUAUGUUUCUCAUAACAUUUGAAGUUGUUGAUCCUUAUGAUAACUUGAUAAAACUCUUCCAAACAAGGGUUCGCUACGAGACAGAUAUCGUGACUGAGUAUGUCUUCUGCAGGCCGAAACCCAAUCAAGGAGUGGAAUGCAUUGGUGUGAAGAACAAUGAUGGUGUUGGGAAUGAUGUCCAAAACAAUGUCAAGAAACAAAAGAUUGGAGUAUGAGCUUCUAUAUGCCACAAGCAGUGAGAACCGAGAGAUGCUCGAUUGUUAUUAUAUCUAUUUGCGUCCUAAAUUUGACUUGAGUUGCUGUAUUGCUGCCUACAAAUUAAAAACUUAUUGUAUGAGAUGUUCUUUCUACUGCUUUUUUUUAGCUUGUGUCGUUGUUUACUAUAUCUAACUCCAGCAUUGCGUUCUUUAAAAUAAAACUUUCUUUUCUGACG